AUGGAAUCUCGUAGUUGGAUGUAUACAAGAACAAAUGACGGUAGACGAGGGAUGAGGCAAGAAUUUAUGGACGGUGUCGUUGCUUUUGUUGAAUAUGCAAUGACACUCGAACCUUUUAUAAUAGAAGACUUGGUUAGGUGUCCUUGUGAGAAAUGUGCAUGUAGGAAUUAUGAGACACCAGAGAUUGUUAGGCUUCAUCUCUAUACCCACGGCUUUCAAUUAAAUUAUACAGUGUGGACUAGUCAUGGAGAAACGGAUACUGGUUUGGGAGGAUUUCAAAACUUUGUUGUUGGUGAAAGUAGUAGGUCGACGGAACCUGAUGUCCAAAAUUAUAGAAUGCACGACAUGAUUCAGGAUGCUUAUGGGAUGCAUUCUAAUUUUGAAUCCAGUAACCAUGUUGAAGAAGAUCCUAAUGAGGAAGCUACUCGUUUUUUUGAACAGUUGAAAGAUGAUAGUCGGCCUUUGUGUGACGGGAGUCCCCACCCUCAAUUGUCUAUUGCUGUUAGAUUAAUAAGUAUCAAAGCAGAUUGGAAUGUUCCUCAAGGGGCAAUGGAUGCUGUGAUUAGCCUUAUACGUGAAUUAGUUGACCCGAAUCUAGAGAUACAUGUUAACUACUACAAGGUAAAGAGAUUGGUGUCAAAGUUAGGACUCUCGUCCUACAGAAUUGAUUGUUGUGAAAAUAGAUGCAUGUUAUACUAUAAGGAUGAUGUAAGUUUAGAAUCUUGUAAGUUUUGUGGCAGAGCUCGUUUUAAGCGGGCUCGUAGCGGGAAGAGAGUUGGUUUUAAAGCGAUGCAUUUCUUACCUCUUAUACCAAGGUUAAAGAGGUUGUAUGCAUCAAAUAGCUCUGCUCCUCAUAUGAGAUGGCAUAGUGAGAAUAGAAGGUCGCCUGGUGUUAUGUGUCAUCCAUCAGAUGGAGAGGCUUGGAAGCAUUUUGAUAGAACAUAUCCAGACUUCGCAACUGAACCACGAAACAUUAGGUUUGGUUUAUGUUCAGAUGGAUUCACUCCACAUUCUCUUUCUGCUGCUCCCUAUGCUUGCUGGCCUCCUUUGAUUGAUGAGUUGAAAUUGUUGUGGGUUGAAGGGGUUGACACGUUUGAUGUAUCGCGUAGGCAAAACUUUCAUUUGCAGGCCACCUUAAUGUGGACAAUUAAUGACUUUCCUGCGUACGGAAUGUUGUCUGGGUGGAUGACAACCCGAAAGUUAGCCUGUCCUUACUGCAUGGAAAAUACUAAAUCUUUCACUUUAAAAUAUGGCCAUAAAAAUUCAUGGUUUGAUUGCCACCGUCAAUUUUUGCCAAUGGAUCAUGAGUUUCGAAGUAUGAAAAAUGCAUUCAGGAAGAACACAAUUGAACGAAACUGUCCACCUCCAAGACUGUCGGGAGAGGAUAUUUGGGAGAGGGUUCAAAACUUCCCGAAGGUUACUGAAGAAGCACCGUACAAGUUCGAUGGGUAUGGGUCAGCACAUAACUGGACAGCACCGUACAAGUUCGAUGGGUAUGGGUCAGCACAUAACUGGACUAAGCAAAAGAUAUUUUGGGAUUUACCAUAUUGGGAGGAUAAUCUUCUCCGACAUAAUCUUGAUGUCAUGCAUAUUGAAAAAAAAUUACUUUGA